ACCGGCGCAGCGAGCCCUACCCUACCCCCACCCCUCCCCUCCCCGCCGCCAAAUCCCGCCGCCCCAUGGACCGGCAGGCCCAGGACUACGCGGCGGCGGCCAUGGCGUACGCGCAGGCGCAGCAGCCCCCGCCGCCGCAGUACGGGUUCCACCCGCAGGCGCAGCCGCAGUACCCGCACCACCCGCCCUACGCCGCCCCGAUGCCGCAGUACGCGCCCUACCCGCGCGCCAUGCCGCCGCCGCAGCAGCAGCUCUACCCGCACCUCCCGCCGCACCAGCAGCCGUCCCCCUACCCGCCGCCCCACGCCCAGCCGCCGCCGCCCCACCCCUACAUGCACCCGCCCUCGCCGUUCGAGCCCCCCGCGCCGCCGGCCCCCGCCCCGCCCCCCGCCGACCCGGAGCUCCAGAAGCGCAUCGACAAGCUCGUCGAGUACAUCGCCAAGAACGGGCCCGAGUUCGAGAUCGUGAUCCGCGACAAGCAGCACGACAACCCGGACUACGCCUUCAUCUUCGGCGGGGACGGCCACGCCUACUACAGGUACAUGCUCUGGGUCACGGGGCGCCCGCCCAUGCCGCCCUACCCGCCGGGGUCCAUGCACAUGAUGCCGCCGCCGAUGGGCCCGAUGGCGGCGCACGGCCCGCCGCCCCCAAUGCACCAGCCGGGGUACCCGCCGUUCUACGACCAGCACCAGCACUUUGGCGCCCACGGCCACGGGGAGUACGAUACCGGGGCGACGUUCAAGGGCCUCUCUGGGCCGCUCCCCGCUGAUGUCGCCGCCGAGCUGCACGACGUGCUUAGCAAUCUUAAUGGCACCAAAGAGUCGAUAAAGGGUGCCAAGACAUGGUUUAUGCAAAGGGCGCCGUUCGCGCCUGCUCUGGCCGAAGCUCUGAGGGAGAGAGUAUUUGCCUUGGAGGAUUCAGAGAGGCAGCUGCACAUUGUUUUCCUGGUGAAUGAUAUUCUUUUUGAAGGCUUGCAGAGACGAACUAAUAUUCAGGACCUUGACAAUGAGGCUAUUGCUUUUCAAGCUGUGCUGGGCUCCAUGCUUGCGAGGAUUUAUAAUAAUCCGCAGAAUAAAGAUGAAAAUCAGACUCGCCUUGAGAAAAUCUUGCAAUUCUGGGGUUCAAAGGAAGUUUAUGACCAGGAAACCGUUGCUAACCUUGAAAGAGAGAUGAAAGGUGGCAUUUCAUAUCCUUCGGCGCCACAACAUGUUUCACCAGAUCCCUCAACCUUCUCAGGAUCAGCAAAGCCCUCAAAAUGGUCCUCUGCUCCGCCAGAAAUGGAGAAGGCAUCCCAACCUGUCCCUUCUGCACAAUUUCAAGGAAACCAACAUCCUGCCGGCGUUUACGGCCAAACUACUUUUCCAGGAUCUUUGCCAGUGCAACCAUCUUUGCUCCUCCCCGCGCUUCCUCAAAGCACAGCACCAGCCGCUGCAAAUGAUCCAACUCCACCUCCGUAUCCACUAUUCCCCCCUGGUCUCAUUCCAGGGAUGGUCCGGAAGAUGCAGAUCGGUAGUGGAGUUCCAUACUCUCCCUUGAGCCCGCUGGACAUCCCCACGACCAUCCCGCCAUCGACCGUUCCCGAGUCCGAGAUCCUUGAGCGCGUGACGAGGUUCUUCAAGGAGAUUGGGGAGGAAAACCCAUCAGAAGGUCCGAUGAAGCAGGGCGAGCCCGGUGACUAUGACGACUACGAGAGGGAGCUCCCUGCCCGCAAGGGAGGUGCGUGCAUCCCUCCCCCUGCCAGCCUGCACGUGAACCCUGAGACCGGGAUGCGCGCUGAUGGCUCGUUCGAUAGCAAGCCGGGGUCUAGCGGACGGUUGGGCCUUGGAGCCUCCGCUGAUCCCAGCGAGGCGAGCCACCAGUAUGGCGAUGUGUAUUCGUCGUAUCGCAAGCAGAGGAGCAGCAACUACCAUUCUUCCAUCAGUUCUCGUGCAGUAGCGCCGAGGUGAAAUGAAAACGGCGGAGACUGUGUGCGAAGAGCGUUUCCAUGUCCAUUUCUUCCUGCUGCUGUGGGUGAAAAUGCGCGUCAGUAACUGCAAAGAAUGUACCUUAGUAGACAGAACUAAAAUUUUCAGAUGAUUGAGCAAUGUAACAUUUUCCCCCCUUCUUUUGUCAGAGGCAAAACUUUGAACCGCAGCGAGAUUCUUAGUUUUGAGAAGAGUAGCCUGUUGGUAGUUGCAAAUGAUGUUUGUUUCGUA